GUCACACAAAACAAUAAAAGCGGACAAUCUGAAAAAAAACAUAGAACCUGACCGCUUGUGGAACUAAAAAUGGCUUCAAUUGUGUUUUCGCGUCAGAAAACACAAUUUCUCCCCGAUAUCAACGAGAAGAUCCCUCACAAAACCAGCACGCAGGGAACAGAAAUGGAAAAGGUUGACCGAGAGAGAGCUAAGAGAGAGAGGAUCCAAAUCACCACCAUGAGUGCGGAAGAAAUAGCGCAAUUCCGAAACAGUGUGGUCCAGAAUCUUUGUGUGUCCAUGCUGCAAGAGGGAUUUCAUCUCUCCUUUAAAGAGUUUUUCUCUUUGCUGCAGCGCUGGAAAGCUGACCGUUUAGCCGCUGGUCCGGACAGCAAACUGUGGUUGAGACGUUCUCUGGAGGAGCAAAACGACAAACUGGAGAUGCUGAAGGAGCAGCUGAGCCGCGCUGAAGCUGCACAAAGAGCUGAUCAGUAUGUGGAGGUGUAUGAGUGUCAUUUGGCCCUGGCGAAGUUUUUCUCAGAGCCAGACGACAUGUGGCUGCGUGAGCACUUUUACCAACUCAGCCUGAAAGCUGCUCACAAAAUCAGGAUGGACUCCAGCAGGAGGGAGGCUGAGGCCAAUGCAAACCUCGCACACCUGUAUUUAGAGCGAGGAGACUUGGAACUGGCUCAGGACCAUUUUGAGAUGUUUCACCAACUGGCAGUAGGACAGUCGUGGCAGGAUGAGAGCGGAAACACACACCAGUCUCAUGCGUGUGGAAGUCUGUGCAGGGUUUACACACUGCUGGCACAGAAACAGCUGCAGUGUGGAGAAUACCAAGUGGCCAUUCAGCUGCUCAAGCAGGCCUACGAGAUGUCUAAAGGAGCGGAUGAUAAGAAGACGGAGGGCGAGGCAGCGUACACACUCGGACUGGCCUAUCAAAGCACAGGCGAUCAAACAACUGCGAAACAGUUCCUGAACCUGUUCAUGGAGAUUUCUACUGAACUGCAAGACAUGGAGAGCCUCGGUAGAGCCUAUAAGGCCAUUGCUAAAUCUCUGGAGAGUGAGGGUAAAAUUAAUGACGCUGUCGAGCAUCUACAGAAAUAUCUUGACAUCUGUCAGGAAAGCAAUCAGCUUGAAAAUCUACAGGAUGCUUACAUGUGUCUGGGGUCCAUACACAUGUCCAUAGCUCAGUAUGAACGAAGUAGUGAGUAUUUUAUCCAAGCCUUUGAGAUGGCAUGCCGCCUCGACCUGUACCGUUGCAUUCAGAAAGCUCAGGUGUGUGUGGGUAAUGCCCGAGCUCAUUCCAUGCUGAGGGCCUACACCAGCCACUUGCAGAACAACAGGCCAUCAAACAUCUGUACACUCCUCUCCUGGAAAGAGACUAGAGGAGAAGUUCCACCAGAUGAUGUAUGAGUCUGCUGGAGCCACACAUUGUAGUUAGACUCAUGAGACUCUGCUGACUAGAACUAUUUGUAAUAAAUUA